AUGUCUUCACUUGCUACCAGUGCGCAACUGUAUUCUCCUGAGAGUGUUUUUGUUUCAUCAAAUAAUGAAGUUUAUAUUGCUGAUUAUGGUAAUCAUAGAAUUAGAAAAAUAUUAGAAAAUGGAAAUAUUGUAACAAUUGCUGGAAAUGGAACUGCUGGAUUCAGUGGUGAUAAUGGUAUUGCAACAAAAGCACAACUGAAUGGUCCUGUUGGUGUUUUUGUUUCAUCAAAUAAUGAAGUUUAUAUUGCUGAUUAUGAUAAUCAUAGAAUUAGAAAAAUAUUAGAAAAUGGAAAUAUUGUAAUAAUUGCUGGAAAGGGAACUGCUGGAUUCAGUGGUGACAAUGGUCUUGCAACAAAAGAAAAACUGAAUUUUCCUAGAUGUGUUUUUGUUUCAUCAAAUAAUGAAGUUUAUAUUGCUGAUCAAAUUAAUCAUAGAAUUAGAAAAAUAUUAGAAAAUGGAAAUAUUGUAACAAUUGCUGGAAAUGGACCUUAUGGAUUUUGUGGCGAUAAUGGUCUUGCAACAAAUGCACAACUGAAUAGUCCUGCUGGUGUUUUUGUUUCAUCAAAUAAUGAAAUUUAUAUUGCUGAUUAUGAUAAUCAUAGAAUUAGAAAAAUAUUAGAAAAUGGAAAUAUUGUAACAAUUGCUGGAAAGGGAACUGCUGGAUUCAGUGGUGACAAUGGUCUUGCAACAAAAGAAAAACUGAAUUUUCCUAGAUGUGUUUUUGUUUCAUCAAAUAAUGAAGUUUAUAUUGCUGAUCAAAUUAAUCAUAGAAUUAGAAAAAUAUUAGAAAAUGGAAAUAUUGUAACAAUUGCUGGAAAUGGACCUUAUGGAUUUUGUGGCGAUAAUGGUCUUGCAACAAAUGCACAACUGAAUAGUCCUGCUGGUGUUUUUGUUUCAUCAAAUAAUGAAAUUUAUAUUGCUGAGUAUGGUAAUCAUAGAAUUAGAAAAAUAUUAGAAAAUGGAAAUAUUGUAACAGUUGCUGGAAAUGGAACUGCUGGAUUCAGUGGUGAUUCACCUUUUGAUAUUAGAAUGUAUCCUCAUUUUGGAAAUAGUAGCUUGUAUUCUAAAAUAGAAUUUCAUAACUUGAAAAAACAUUCAAGAGAUGAAUUAUUUGGAUUGCCAAUUUAUGGAUUCAUUCCACUCAUUGACAAAAUUUCACCAAAAUUUUGUGGCAUUUUGAAUAAUGAAAAGAUACUUUGUUUGAUGAGUUCAUCACAACAAGAAAUUAUUCAAAAAUUAAUUGAUUCUUUGAUAUAUGAUAAGAAUAAGGUAAAGUUUAACAAAGAAGAAAUGUUGGAUGUUUUAUUCAUUUUGGGUUUAUUCAAGAAUGGUGAAUUUAUUGAUUUGAAAAGAUCAUUGACAAGUGAAUUUGUGAACUCACUCACAUUAGAAAAUCUUACUUUCAAAUGGGAAACAAUUGAAAAUUUACUCAAAAUUUGCAAUGAGGAAUUCAAUGUUCAAAAUUACAUUCUUGAUCAUUUGAAUAACUAUUGUAUUGAAUAUGCUGUUGUUCAAAUGAGGACCAAAAAAGGAAACACUUUAUUACCAACUCUUCCAAUAAUUAUGAGAAAUGCUACUGCCAUUUUUUCAAAAAUGAUCAUUACUCAACCAACUGCAAUUAAUAUUGAGGAAACAAUUGAAACUGAGCCACAAAUAAUUGAAUCAUUAUAUAAUGACAAGAAAACAAGUGAUGUAAAAAUCAAAAUGGGACAAGACAAAUACUUAUAUUGUCACAAAACUAUAUUGACUUCAUUUAGCACAUUGUUUAAUGCAUUAUUUGACAGUGGAUCUUGUUUCAGUGAUUUGAGUGAUGAUGGAAUAUUCACACCUGACGAAUCAGAAGAUUUAGAAUUAUUGGAAAUUGUGAUCAAAUAUUGUUAUGGAAUUUCAAUUGACAUUGAUGAUGUUAAAAUUAUUGGAUUACUUGAAAUGGUAACGAAACAUGAAAUUCAAUAUGUAAUCGAUUAUUGCAAGAAUAACUUUAAUCUAUCCAUUGAUAAUUACUUUAAUAUGCUUAAAGCAUGUGAAAAAUAUCUUGAUCAUCCAAUAUUUGAGCAAUUUAUGGGAGAGAUUGUCACAUUUAGCAUGGUCAAUGGAAAACAACUUUUCAGAGAUCGCACCGAAAUUUCCAAAUUACCUGAAAAAGUUUGGCAAGAAAUAUUCUUCAAGUUUUCACAGGACUUUUGAGCUUAUUUUGGAUAGAUAUUAUUACAACUUAAUUUUGCAGAACAUUCUAUAUUAAAACAUUUCUUUUAUUUAC